CAGUUGGUAGGCAUCCUCCCCGGGGGCCAUCCCCACUCUGAAGCAGAGAAGAUGGCUGGAGGACGUCUGUUGCUGGGGGGCGACUUCCUGUCGCCGCCGCCGCUGCCCCCCCUCCCGCCGCCGCCGCUGCCGCCCCUCCCGCCGCCCCCGCCUGAGCCAGUGCUGGAGCAGUGGCGCUAUAGCCACGAAAGUGACUGGCAGUGGGCUCUGCGGCGGAGCUUCAUCUGCCGGCACCUGCACAGCUAUCCCGGGGCUGCCCUGGACCAGCUCCUCGCGCUCUCCACCGCCUGGACCAACCACGUUUUCCUGGGCUGCAGGUAUAACCCACGCUUGAUGGAAAAAAUUCUUCACAUGGCUGAAGGUAUUGAUAUUGGGGAGAUGCCGUCAUAUGAUCUGAUGCUGCCCAAACCUUCCAAAGGCCAAAAACGCUACCUUUCAACCUAUGAUGGUCAAAAUCCUCCUAAAAAGCAAGCUGGUUCCAAAUUCCAUGUGAGACCUCGUUUUGAGCCUGUACAUUUUGUAGCUAGUAGUUCAAAAGCUGAAAGACAGGAAGAUCCGUAUGGCCCUCAAACAAAAGAGGUAAAUGGACGAACGCAAUUUACCAGCAUGCCAAGAAACUUCUACCAAGAUUAUACUCAAGACUCUUUCAGUAUCCAGGAUGGGAAUUCGCAGUAUUGUAAUUCAUCGGGAUUUAUUUUCACAAAAGACCAGCCUGUAGCAACCAACAUGUAUUUUGACAGUGGGAACCCUGCCCCAAGCAGCACAUCCCAGCAGGCAAACUGUCAGCCAGCUCCCGAGCCCCCUCCUUCACAGAUGUACCCUCAGUCGUUGGUUGCCGAGAAACAGUAUUUUAUUGAAAAGUUAACAGCAACUAUCUGGAAGAACCUUUCUAAUCCAGAGAUGACUUCUGGAUCUGAUAAGAUUAAUUAUACCUACAUGCUAACUCGUUGUAUUCAGGCAUGUAAGACAAAUCCUGAGUAUAUAUAUGCUCCUUUAAAAGAGAUUCCUCCUGCUGACAUCCCCAAAAAUAAAAAACUUCUCACAGAUGGUUAUGCUUGUGAAGUUAGAUGCCAAAAUAUCUACCUAACUACAGGUUAUGCAGGUAGCAAGAACGGCUCCAGAGACCGAGCUACUGAGCUAGCUGUAAAACUCCUGCAGAAGACGAUUGAGGUCAGGGUUGUCCGACGGAAAUUCAAGCACGUGAUUGGAGAGGACCUUGUGGUGUGCCAGAUUGGUAUGCUUUCAUAUGAAUUUCCCCCAGCUCUGAAACCACCAGAAGACCUGGUAGUACUGGGAAAGGAUGCUUCUGGGCAGCCUAUUUUUAAUAGUUCCGCCAAACACUGGACCAAUUUUGUCAUUACAGAAAAUGCAAAUGAUGCAAUUGGCAUCCUUAACAAUUCCGCCUCAUUCAACAAAAUGUCAAUUGAGUACAAAUACGAGAUGAUGCCAAACCGCACAUGGCGGUGUCGCGUAUUCCUGCAAGAUCACUGCUUAGCUGAAGGUUAUGGAACCAAGAAAACAAGCAAACAUGCCGCUGCUGAUGAGGCUUUGAAAGUUCUUCAAAAAACACAGCCCACUUAUCCGUCUGUCAAAAGUUCCCAGUGUCACUCAGGCUCUUCACCCAAAGGAUCCGGAAAGAAGAAAGAUAUCAAAGAUCUUGUCGUUUAUGAGAAUUCUUCCAAUCCUGUGUGCACAUUGAAUGAUACGGCUCAGUUUAACCGAAUGACGGUUGAAUAUGUCUAUGAAAGGAUGACAGGGCUCCGCUGGAAAUGCAAGGUGAUUCUAGAGAGCGAAGUCAUUGCAGAAGCAGUUGGUGUGAAGAAAAGUGUCAAAUAUGAAGCUGCUGGAGAAGCCGUAAAGACCCUCAAAAAGACCCAGCCAACUGUCAUUAACAACUUGAAGAAAGGGACUGUGGAAGAUGUGAUUUCAAGAAAUGAGAUUCAGGGCCGCUCGGCAGAAGAAGCUUACAAACAGCAAAUCAAAGAAGAUAACAUAGGGAAUCAACUGCUGAGAAAGAUGGGCUGGACUGGUGGUGGUUUGGGGAAAUCUGGUGAGGGCAUACGGGAGCCUAUCUCAGUUAAAGAGCAGCAUAAGCGAGAAGGCCUUGGUCUAGAUGUAGAGAGGGUCAAUAAAAUUGCUAAGAGGGAUAUAGAACAAAUCAUCAGAAACUAUGCCCGCUCUGAAAGCCACUCCGAUUUGACCUUCUCCACGGAGCUGACCAAUGAUGAACGGAAGCAAAUACAUCAGAUUGCUCAGAAGUAUGGCCUGAAGAGUAAGUCUCAUGGGGUGGGCCAUGAUAGGUACCUGGUGGUAGGUAGAAAACGGCGGAAGGAAGACCUACUAGAUCAACUCAAACAGGAGGGCCAAGUGGGACAUUAUGAGCUUGUUAUGCCCCAAGCAAACUAAGAUUUUACUAAGUUGUCUUAUAAAUGCCUCAUGAAACAGAUACACAACAAAAAAAGCUACCCGUUCUGGCUGAAGAGUAUUCAUUCUUAAGAUGCUUCACCUUGUUCAUUUCAUAUAGUGCUUUAUUAGGUAUUGGAACCUAGAGAAUUCUGUCCACUUGUAUUAUUAGCUUAAUCCAGCAGAUGAAAUUGUGCAGUUACUGUUUGUGUCUUUGAUAUGGCUCUGUUCCCUCAGAUUUUAGUAGUUUGUACAAGUAAAAACACCCAUCUAAGUGCAAUUUCACCCUGAGGAAAAUACUUCACAUUAUAAAGGGCAUAGCACAGCAAUCUGCAACAAUAUGUAAAGUCAAUGCUGACUCUAACUACGCUAAUUCCAGAUUUACUUAACAUGUCAGGUCAUUUUGUAUCAUCAAUUUUCAUCUUUGUGAGAAGCCAGUUGUAGAGCAUUUAACAAUAAAUUGUGCUGUACGUGUAAAUGUCUUUAUCAACUAAAUGAUGUAAAACUUUCUUUAAAGUAAUUUUAGUGUGUGUUUAUUUAUAACUUCUACCCUGUGAUUUCCAGGAUAUUGGAAGUGAUUUACUGUGUCUUGUGACAUAUGACUUUUUAACAAAUUCUAGUCUUCAUGCUGAAAGAGCACUACUGAGAGAGAUGUCGAAAAGUUUCCAAAAAGCCUUGAUUAUCAAUCAGAAGAAAGGAAGCUUGAACUGUUUGUUCUUGGUGCCUUGCAGAGAGACUCAGAGCAACUUUCCACUGUAGCUUUCACAUGGUUUGUGCACCAUACCCAAGGCAACCAUAGCUGUGGUAGAGCUUGGUAAAAGACUGGAGAUACACUGGUGCUUUGAUGAAAAAGGUCAGUUGGCUGGUUCCCCACUCAAAAAGCUUAUUAUUCCCAAAGCCAACUUUGUAACAUACUUAAAACUGCUAUUUUCGCUUAUUUCUGGAAUGUAAAAAUGUAUAAAAAUAAGAGUUAGUGUCUGCUUCCUGAAUAAAAAGGAGCCAAAGUUGAUCAAAA